AUGAAACGGGGGGCAAUAGUUGGCAUAUGUGUACUCGACAAACAUGAUACCUGUGCCGACAUAACUGAGCAUAGUCAACUGUCCACAGAAACAACUAAACAGGACAAACACUUGACAUUAGAUGACUACCUAACUGGCCAAACACUUAAUGAACUGAACAUAUUGUUGACAUUGAAAUCCCAGCAAACAGUCGUCGACUACUUGAGCUAUUGGUUUGAGCCGGAGAUGCUGUACAUUCAGAUGGAGUUAUGUGACGGUAGUCUACGGGACAUACUGUCGGCUAAACAACAAUUGUUUACCAAUGAAUGCGAUAACUAUCAGCUAAACUAUCUACUAUCGUGGCACCUGGCCAUGGACUCGCUCAGUGCUAUACAGUUUCUACAUACAAGGGUACCGCCUCUGGCGCACCGGGAUAUCAAACCUGAUAAUAUACUGUUUGUACGCAAACACAACAACAACAAGGAGGAACUACAGUUUAAGAUAGCCGAUUUUGGACUGGCCAAAAUACAAACCGAUCUGGCCAUCGGGAACAGUAGGUUCGGUGGUGUAGGUAAUGCCAAAUAUAUGGCACCGGAAUUAUUCACGGAAAUGCCUACUAAACCAUACAAUCCCUUAAAAAUAGACAUCUAUAGCUCAGGUGUUAUGCUUAUGGAUAUUUUCGAUGUCGACCUAAUUUUAUUAUACGGUGAUAAUCAUAAACAAAUUGGUCAAGGUGGUUUCAGUAUUGUUUAUAAAGUUACCGCUAAUAAUGGCCAACAAUUUGCUAUCAAACGCAUACAAUUGAAAGCUAUUGUUGAUAUUGGUAAAUUUGCUAGAUUAUACAGUGAUAAUCAUAAACAAAUUGGUCAAGGUGGUUUCAGUACUGUUUAUAAAGUUACCGAUAAUAAUGGCCAACAAUUUGCUAUCAAACGCAUACAAUUGAAAGUUGUACGUGAUGUGCCUAAAGAGCGCCGUCAACUGGCCACACAAACAACUGAACAGGACAAACAUUUGACAUUAGUUCGUGAGCUGAACAUAUUGUUGACAUUGAAAUCCYAGCAAACAGUCGACUAUCUGAGCCAUUGGUUUGAGCCGGAGAUGCUGUACAUUCAGAUGGAGUUAUGCGACGGUAGUCUACGGGACAUACUGUCCGUUAAACAACUAAUGUUUACCAAUGAAUGCGAUAACUAUCGGCUAAACUAUCUACUAUCGUGGCACCUGGCCAUGGACACACUGGGUGUUAUCAAAUAUUUGCACAAUCAUCAGCCACCAAUUGCGCACCGGGAUAUCAAACCUGAUAAUAUACUGUUUGUACGCAAACACAUCAACAACAAGGAGGAACUACAGUUUAAAAUGGCCGAUUUUGGACUGGCCAAAAUACAAAACGAUUUGGCCACAGUGACCGGUACGUGCGGUGUCGGUACGACCAAGUAUGUGGCACCGGAAGUAUUAUCAAACAUGACUACUGAUCGAUACAAUCCGUUUAAGAUAGACAUCUAUAGCUCAGGUGUUAUGCUUAUGGAUAUAUUUGAUGUCGACAUUUGUUUCUGGGAUGCCGAUGACCCUGGUACUGUUUGCGAUGACGACACAAUUGGCUACAAGUAUUCAAAAGAAAAGUAA